CCUCUACCCUCUUCCCUCUCCAAACGGAACACCGUGUCCCCGGCUCUUCGUAAAUAAAUCCCGAGUCCCCACAAGCACAGCGCUACAAAUCGAAGACCUAAAUUCCGAAACGAGAAAAGAAACCCCAAUCGCCGCCGCCGCCGCGAGAUCGCUGGGCGCCGCCAUGUCGACUCCAGCCGCCGCCUACUACGCUGCCGCUGCGCGCAAGCAGUACUUCUGCUACCAAUGCAACCGCACCGUCCUCCUCGCGGCGGCGGCGGCCGCCGCCGGGGAGCUCUCCUGCCCCGACUGCCACGGCGACUUCCUGGAGGAGGUCACCGUGCCCGCGCCCACCAUCAUCCCCCUCCCCUUCCCGUUCCCCUUCGCCUCCACCACGGCCCCCGCCUCCAACGCCGCCCCCGCCGCCGCCGGUUCCCCAUCCCUCUCCUCGUCCUCAUCCGCCGCGACCUCCCCGUCCCCGUCCACCGACUUCUCCGCCUUCAUCAAUAGCUUCCUCGAACUCGGCGAGGACCGCAUCAGGGUCGGCUCCGGCGGCUCGGGCUCGGGCUCGCGCGCCGCCGCCGGCACGGCGACCCCCGAGAACGAGCCCGAGGCCUUCGACCCGUUCAUGUUCUUCCAGAACUACAUCCAGGGCCUCAUGGAGGGCGGCGCCAACAUCCAGGUCCUCCUCGACGACGCCAGCGUCAGUCUCGGCCCUGGUCUGGGCAUGGGCCGCGUCGGCGGGGCCAGCUUCGGGGACUACUUCGUCGGUCCGGGUCUCGAGCAACUCAUCGAGCAGCUCGCCGAGAACGACCCCAACCGCUACGGCACACCGCCGGCCGCUAAGUCCGCCCUCUCCACGCUCCCCGACGUCGUCGUGACGGAUGCCAUGGUCGCAGCGGCGGAGGGCGCCGAGUGCGCCGUCUGCAAGGAGGAUUUCUCACCUGGGGAGGGGGCCAAGCAGAUGCCCUGCAAGCACAUCUACCACGCCGAGUGCAUCGUGCCCUGGCUUGAGCUCCACAACUCGUGCCCCAUCUGUCGCUUUGAGCUGCCCACUGAUGAUCCUGAUUAUGAGGGCCGGAAGACAUCUAAUCCGCAGCCAGCUGUUGGCAUUGCUGCUGCAGCUGCGUCUGGGAGCUCUACUGCUGGUGAGGAAGGAAGGGAGGAGAAUGCGAGGGUGGUUGAGAGGAGGUUCAACGUGUCAUUGCCAUGGCCAUUCAGUGGAUUGGGAGGGCAAACAUCGCAGCACGAUGGGAACAAUGGGGGAAGUGGCAGCAACUCACAGGACAGUGGCUCACAGGAUGGAGGCGCAACCAGCAGCAAGAAUUGAGCACAGUCGUGCUGAUAGUAGGAGGUUCACCUCUUGGCUAUCCGUUCAAAAAGCCUGCAAUAUUUGUGUGUCACUGUGACUAUACCUACAGACAUGAAAGAACCAAAGGAAUUUACAGUCUGUUUAUUAUGGAAUUAUUGUUCAUUUUAGUCCUCGCUGUUCACUAGGUCAUGUACACAAGGCGCAGAAACUGCCAACGGCAGAAUUUGUGCGUUGAGGGUUGAGACUUUAUGCGCAGAUUUAUCGAUCGAUCCCAUUUCAUCAAAAGACAAAUCAGUUUUGCC